AUGGACCACGGGAACAGGAAUAAUGCUUCGAAAGUUUAUGUAGUGUUUCGUGAUAAAAGGCCUGGAUUGUACAACUCUUGGCAUCAGCGUGCUCCUAUGGUUAUUGGUGUCAAGGGCAGCAUCUUCAAGGCCUUCAAAAUUUAUGAUGAAGCCAUAAAAACUUUUAAUGAGUUUAGAAAUGGAUCUCAAGCUGAUAAUAUAUCGGCAUCGAAGGUGUAUGUGGUAUUUCGUGGUAAAAGGCCCGGAUUAUACAACUCUUGGUAUGAUUGUGCUCCUAUGGUUAUAGGUUUCAAAGGAAGCAUCUUCAAAUCUUACAAAUCUUAUGAUGAAGCAGUAACAACAUUCAAUGAAUUCCAAAAAGAAAAUAUUUACAUUGAAGAACAAUCUUCAAGUUCGUGUGUUGAUGAAAGUGAUGCUGGAUCAAGUGAUAUGUUAUCUGUGUUGUUAGCUGGAAUGUUUGUAGGGAUGAAGAUCUCAAAAAAUUAUUCAGUUUGA